AUGAAGGAGAUAAUUUCCAGAAACCAGUGUGAUCAAGGGCGGAGAUACCCAGUGCUGGAGGGUGAGGGAGAGAGCAAAAGAGGGAAGGAUGAAAAGCAAAGCAAAGUGGUGUAUCCUGGCCACAGCUUAAGGUGGGUCCUUUGGUGGGUGCACCAUGUGGCCAUGAGGACAUCUCAGAGAAGCUGUACAAGCACACAGGACAUCAUGCUUCACACGGUCCAUGGGAGUGAGGAUUGGGAAUGGAUCUGCCCAGCUCUUCCAAGAUCUUUUGUUCUCAUUGGUCAGAAAUCUCUCCCACAGACAACCCAUCAACAUGGAGCUCUGCAAGUAAGAGGGAGGGAAAGGAGAGAGAAGAGAGAAAUCCUUCGAGUGGCUUCCGUGGCAGAAGGGGAGGAAUCACUACUUGCCAUCUGCUUGCAAGUGUUUUUGUUCCUCUUGUUUAUUGCUCUUAUUUAUUUACAUAUCUGUAGAAUCUUCAAAAUCCAGGUGAGAAGCACAGUGAAGACCUCACCCACUGCAGGUUUUGCCCCAACCACGGGUACCAGCAAGGAGAAACAAAUCAGGAUAGAGAAACAUCACUACAUCUCUACUGCAGGUGGUACUGUGGACUAG